GGCCCGGCAAGCUGGCCCUGCUGAGGGUCCCGGGGAAGAAGGCUGCGCGUGGCGAGCGGAGGGAAGGUGCGCGGGAGCCGGAGCGGGCGCUGGAGCUGUGGGCAGGAAAACACUCUUUUCAGAGCAUCUCCUGGUAUCACCAGAAAUGUCUUCCUUAAGUGGGAAAGUCCAAACGGUUUUGGGCCCCGUGGAGCCCAGCAAACUGGGCCGUACUCUGACCCACGAACAUCUGACAAUGACCUUUGACCACUGUUACUACCCACCUCCUCCGUGUCAUGAAGCUGCCUCUCAGGAACCUAUUAUGAUGAAAAACUUAUUCUGGAUUCAAAAAAACCCUUAUUCCCAUAAAGAGAAUCUUUGGCUGAAUCAGGAGACAGACGCUGUAAGGGAAGAAUUGUUGUAUUUUAAAGCCAACGGUGGAGGGGCUCUGGUGGAGAACACAACUGUUGGGAUUAGCCGAGAUGUGAAGACUCUGAGGUGGCUGGCAGAGGAGACGGGUGUCCAUAUCAUAUCUGGAGCUGGGUUUUACGUGGAGGCAACUCACUCUCCGGAGACCAGAGCCAUGUCAGUGGAGCAGCUUACUGAUGUCCUCAUUCAUGAAAUUCUCCAUGGGGCCGAUGGAACGACUAUCAAGUGUGGCGUCAUCGGAGAAAUUGGUUGCUCCUGGCCUCUGGCUGAGAAUGAAAGGAAAGUUCUUCAAGCAACUGCUUAUGCUCAGGCUCAGCUAGGCUGUCCUGUUAUUAUUCAUCCUGGGAGGAAUCCAAGUGCACCAUUUCAGAUCAUCCGAGUGUUGCAAGAAGCAGGUGUAGACAUCUCCAAAACAGUUAUGUCCCACAUCGAUAGGACUAUACUUGAUAAAAAGGAACUACUAGAGUUUGCUCAACUUGGCUGUUACUUGGAAUAUGAUCUCUUUGGGACCGAACUCCUUCAUUACCAAUUCAACCCGGAUAUCGACAUGCCCGAUGAUAAUAAAAGAAUCAGAAGAGUGCGUCUUCUGGUGGAUGAGGGCUAUGAAGAUCGAAUUCUGAUGGCGCAUGACAUACAUACAAAGCAUCGGCUAAUGAAAUAUGGAGGUCACGGCUAUUCUCAUAUACUUACCAACAUUGUUCCUAAAAUGUUGCUUAGAGGUAUCACUGAGAAUGCACUUGAUAAGAUACUAAUAGAGAACCCUAAGCGAUGGCUAACUUUCAAAUAGGAUGGUUGUUUAUGAAUUCACACCUUGAGCAUAAAGCUUGCAAAGAACAUUUUCCAGUGAUUUCAAACCCACUGUGAGAUAUUAAUCAGACCUCUCUGUAGGACUAAUGGCGGGUCAUUUCCUUUUUAUGAGAAUUAGAAGAGUUUUGCCUUCUCAGAAACCACUAUUACCUCUGUACCUUUAGGAAAUUACUGACCUAAUUGAGCCCUAUUGUUUUGCCUUCACAAAAUAAAUACAGAAAUAUCUAUUUCCAAACAGUGAUUUACAGUCUGUAUCCCCUUAGUGGAGUUUUGUUUUGUUUUGUUUUCUUAAUCUAUCAGCUGCACUACUUGAGAAAAUUUAAAGUGUUUCUAGUUAAAUUACCCCCUUCUGGAGCAAUCUAAUGUUUCUUGUAAUAUUGAUGAUCCUACUAAUUAUCCUGCUGUUCUUUAAUUAAUGCUUAAUGAAUAAUACGGUACUUUAAAAUAGCUUCAGCAGCAAGGGAAGUUAAAUUUUGAGGCUUUUUUUUCCCAAAGGAUACUGUAAUACAAUUACCAAUUCACAAUGGUAAAAAGAUUGUGUAAGCUUAAUUAUAUGCUGUCUACUCUAUCUAUAUUUACUGAUAAUAAAUCAGUUUUGUUGCCUGUG